CCCCGUGUCUCAGUCUGCGUGCUGUAGCCCUGCUGUGCAGUUCUCUCAGCCCUCUGCUGUAGCACCAAAAGGGAGGAGGAGCCACCAGCACACACGCGCAUACUCACACAAGGCACACACACUCUCACAUCAUCUCUUCUGCACGCUCACUGUAAGCACCAGCCAGCCAGCCAGCCAGCCAGCCAGGCCCGUUUGGAGCAGGGGAGCCCAGCCGUCUCAUCGCCCAAGAUGGAUGUACUGAUGAAGGGGUUCUCCAUGGCCAAGGAGGGGGUGGUGGCCGCCGCAGAGAAGACCAAAGCCGGCAUGGAGGAGGCAGCAGCCAAAACCAAGGAAGGGGUGAUGUAUGUAGGCAGUAAGACAAAGGAGGGAGUUGUGUCAUCAGUAAACACAGUGGCCAACAGGACUGUGGACCAGGCCAACAUUGUUGGAGACACAGCGGUUGCUGGGGCCAAUGAAGUGUCACAGGCAACAGUGGAAGGGGUCGAGAAUGUCGCCGCAUCAACCGGGCUGGUCAGCCAGGAGGAGCCUGUAUACGAGGGAGAAUAUGGUGGAAUGGAGCAGGGUGGGGAAGGAGGAGAGGGUUAUUAGUCGUCUUCAGGACCUUCCCUCCCGUGCUCUCCAGCGGCCCCUCGCUCCCCUUGCCUCGCUGUACCAGACUCCAGAUGUUCAACAUAUUUUUUUGUGACUUUACAGAACCAAAAUCAACUGAAA